AUGCGGGCGGAGCUGCUCCUUGCCUUCGCGGUCGUCGGAUCGGCUACUCUGGCAGGAAAGCUGCUGUACGGAGAUUGCACCGACACCGCGCAGUCGGGAUGCUUCGACGUGCCGAGCAACAACUCGCAGGGCAUCGGGACUUACCAGUGCGCUUGCAAGAUCGACCUCUGCAACGGAUCCAAGAACGCCUCCACCCUUUCUUCUCGUUCUUUGGUUCUUCUCGUCUUCUCGUGUUUCGUGGGCAGCCUCUUCGUUCGCUUCUGAAGGCUGGUUUUGCUUCACUCUUCUGGAAUGCUAUAUGCUUGCACUGAUAAAAAAAAGAUAUUUAAUCACCCACCAAAUAAUAAUGAACUUGGCAC